AUGCCAAAGUGCAAAACCAACUGCAUUGAGAGGCCUCUGUCUCUGGCCUUUGAAAAAUUUGGUUAUAUUGUUGGUAGAUAUCCAUAUGUGUUUUUCUUGGCUGCAUGUGCAGCUGCUGCUCUUGGGGCUGGUUUUGUCUUUCUUUCUGAAUUGGAAGCAAAUGAUAUUGAAGACCAGUUCACACCUGUCAAUGGACCUGCCAAGCUGGAGAGGGAAGUUGUAAUGCAACAUUUUCCACAAUCUGAAGAAUUUUCUUCUCUACGGCUUUUGUCUGAAGGAACUUAUGCCUCUCUGAUCAUUACACAUUUCAAGGGAGAAAACAUACUGACUGAGGCUGCCUUCAAAGACAUUGUUGAUCUGGAUAGAAGAGUGAAAAACAUAACAAAGAAUGAAACCACUUUUGAAAAGCUUUGCGCACGUACAGAAGGAAAAUGUAUAUCAAAUCCAAUUUUAGAAAUAAUAGAUUACAAUCCUAGGGCAAUUAAUUGUAAAACCAUUAGGUAUCCUGUGCAUUGUGGCAUAUUUUUGGGAACAAGUCUAGGCGGUGUAGAGCUAAAGGAUGAAUGCUCCGAAACGACCACUGCAAAAGCAGUCAGGCUUUUCUAUUUUUUAAAUAAGAAGACAAUGGAAAACUCUCAAUGGCUGGAUGGUUUUCUAGAAGUCUUCUCAAAUUAUUCGGAGAGCAAAACAGUAAAAAUGUCUUACUUCACUUCAGUAUCAAGACAGGAGGAGUUAGAGGCCACCUUAGACUCUGUGAUCCCACUCUUCUCCAUUACAUAUUGCCUGGCCAUUAGCAUUUCAGUUCUUUUUUGUCUGAGGUUAGACUAUGUUAGAACAAAGGUGUGGGUUGCCGUAGCUGGUGUAAUCUCUGCUGGUAUGGCUUUACUCUCCAGUUUUGGACUGCUGCUGCUCUGUGGAAUCCCUUUUGCAAUGACAGUGGCCACGGUCCCCUUUCUGAUUCUUGGUAUUGGUGUUGAUGAUAUGUUCAUAAUGAUCUCCUGCUGGCAGAAGACUAAAGUUCAUGAUGAAGUUGAGGAACGCUUAGCAGCAACAUAUAAAGAGGCCGCUGUGUCCAUCACUAUCACCACACUGACAGAUGUGCUCUCUUUCUACAUCGGUCUCUUGACUCCGUUCCGCUCAGUACAGUCUUUCUGUAUGUACGCUAGUACAGCUAUUCUCUUCUGUUACUUCCUUAACAUCACGUUCUUUGGCGCCUGUCUUGCACUGAAUGGAAGGCGAGAAAAUGGUAACAAAAACUGGCUGACUUGUACGGAAGUCCCGAAGGCCAAUGCUGGUGAUGCUGCAGGCAAUAUUCGUUGUACUGGUGGAGCUUUUAAUGAAAUCACCGGUACCGAUUUAGAAAUACCAAUAGAUUUAUUCUUUCAAAAGCACUAUGGGCCAUUUCUGACAAAGACCUGGGUUAAGAUGUUUGUGUGUUUGUUGUAUGCUGGUUAUUUGGCAGCCAGCAUUUAUGGAUGCUCCCAAACACAGGAGGGACUUGAUCUGAAAAAUUUAGCUGCGGAUGACUCGUAUGUCGGCAAAUACUAUAGUGAUCAAGAUAAAUAUUUUUCUGCUUAUGGUCCCAAUGUCAUGUUGGUUAUAACCGAUGAACACUUUCAGUACUGGAAUUCAACUGCUCGUAAACACCUUGACAAGUGUCUGGAAAUCUCAAUGGCAUCUAAAGAAUCAGAGAUUUCAUUUAUUUCUUGGCUUCAUGUAUACAUUAAGCAUGGAAAGAGUAUUACAGAUAAUGAAACACAAUUCAAAAGUAAUUUGAUUGCAUUUCUUAAUAGUAAAAAGUUUAGUCAGGAUGUCAACUUCACUAACAAUCAAAUUCACGCAUCACGCAUCUUCAUUCAGACUGUGAACAUAAGAACAUCGGUCGAUCAGAAAGAGCUGCUCAAUGCAUUUAGAGAAUCAGCAGAAAAAUGUGAUAAGUUGCCAACACCCAUUAAUCUCACCGUGUACCAUCCUUUGUUUAUCUAUUUUGACCAAUUUGCGGUUAUAGUCAGUAAUACAAUCCAGAAUGUAAUAGUGACUACCUGUGCAAUGUUAGUUGUUUCGCUCUUGUUGAUUCCCAGUCCUCUCUGUUCUCUCUGGGUGACUUUUGCCAUUGCAUCUGUUUUUGUGGGUGUGGCUGGUUUCAUGGCACUCUGGGAUGUUAGUUUAGACUCAGUUUCUAUGAUAAUUCUUAUUAUCUGUAUCGGGUUUUCUGUGGACUUCUCUGCUCAUAUAUCCUAUGCUUUUGUGUCCAGUGAAAAAUCUUCAGCGAAUGAGAAAGCCAUAGAUGCGAUCUUUAAUCUGGGCUAUCCAAUAAUACAAGGUGCAGUGUCCACUAUUACAGGUGUAGUUGUGCUUGCUGGUGCAGAAAGCUAUAUCUUCAGAACCUUCUUUAAAAUCAUGUUCUUAGUCAUUAUUAUUGGGCCCAUCCAUGCCAUCAUGUUCAUUCCUGUGUUUUUGACCUUCUAUGACACAUGUGGCCAAAUAUCUUCUGGCAAAUGCAGAAAAAACGAAAAGAGUCAAGGGCGUUUAGAGCGCAUUGACAUAAAGGUUCAGAAAGUAGUAACAAUGAGCCAGAAUGUAAAUUGAUCCGGACUGUUACUGACUUUCAUUUUGUAAAAACAUGUAGCACUAAUACUGGCUUGAGAAAGCCAAACUACUGUUAUUCUACAAACUUGAUUUAGGGUUUAUCUAGCACUAACUAAUCUAUGAGCUUUCAAGCUAUACAAAUCACCACACUUGAGUUUAAUCUCUCCAAAGCAUCUCACAAAUACGGGAAGAUUACUCACAGAAGAGGAUUUAACGUUGAACAGCGAUCGUCUAGUAAUGUGUUGUAUUGCUGAAACAGCAGCAGUGCAUAAAUGGACUAAACUUAAAGCAAUAAAGAGACAACACUUCUUGCAGAAGGUUUUACUGCGUAUUAUUCACUUGUGUGCACAGCAAACUCUAAAUCCCAAAAAAAGCACUCCAAGAAAUUGUCUCUCUUGAUAAAUUUGAGAACUGUGACUCCGAUUAAAACCACCACCACUAACAAUACUAAUGUUAGUAGUCGACCACACUAAUCCACUAGUCAGCUGAUGGAUGACUCAUCAAUUAGUCGACAACAUGGCACAUCCCUAGUUCACACCAAACGCAUCCUUUCACUAAGAAAGCUAGAUGCAGCACCACAUACAUACUAGAACACAGGAUCUUCAAGACACCUUUUUAAAAGUUGACAUUCUU